AUGUCCGACGAGAGGGAGCUCGUCAUUCAGCCGAUUGUCACGGAAAGUGUCCAGCACAAUGCUCGGAUCGUCUCGAACAUCCGCGCCCUGACAGCGUCACUCUUCGGCGUCGCCGCGGGAACGCUGGGAUUAGAGAGCUAUCCCGGGUUCUUGUUCUACUUCAUCGGAACGGCGCUGGUGUCCGUGCUUGUCUACUUUUUCAAAGCCGAGAGCAAGCCUCAAGCCUACUUCUACCGCCCAAUUGGUGACCUUUGGGGCGGCGACAUGUUCGGUGGGCUGAUGUCGUUUGUGCUCACCUGGACCCUCUUCUACGGGCUGUGCAAAGCUUGA